UUCCUGCGGGACGGUGGAAGAGGUGGAGCAGGAGAUGGUGGAGGAGGAGGUGGUGAUGGAGGAGGAGGUGAUGGAGGAGGAGGUGAUGGAGGUGGCGGCCUCUAUCGGAUGACGGUGACCACGGUGGAGACGGAGCUGCUUACCACGCGGGUGUUGGUGAGAGGGGGAGGGGUCGGAGCGGAUUUCCACCAGAGCGGAACUGGAGCGACCUGCUCCUUUGACUCCACGUUCCCCACAGAAUCACCGCUCCACCCCGGGCUCCAUGCCUACUCCGGCGCCCGUGAGGCGCUGUGCGCGUGGCUACACGCCACGCGCGUCGCCGUGGAGCAGCAUGACGGUUGCCAUGGCGACGUUGCCGACACGCAGCGCCGCAUCGACGCGCUGCAGGCCGUGCUGGACAAUCUCCCGGAGGGGCGCUCUCUGCUCGAGCGCUCGGCCGUUGAGCUGGAGACGCUGGCCCGUGGUGGUGGGGGUGGGGGGGGCGGCCCCCCCCCACGGCCCCCCCCACGGCCCCCCUGCCCCCGGCGCCCCGCCCCCCGUGCCACCGGCCGCCCUGGAGGAGGCGGAGCGGACGCUGGAGCGUGACCGGCGGGCCCUGGGCCUGGUGAGCGCGCGGGCCCACGCGGCCCUCCUCGCCCUCGCCCAGCGCCUGCAGCGGCUGCACAGGAGCGGCGAGCGGCUGCUGGAGUUUGAGCGCUGGCUCCGGGGCGUGGAGACGGCGCUGGGCCACGGAGCGGCCUCAGGGAGGCCCGGCGAGGAGAAGGAGGCCAUCGCCUCCGCCGUGGAGGCCCUGCUCGAAGACAUCAACCAACACAGGCCGCAAAUGGACGAGGUGACCGGCGCGGGCGACGACACCCCCGUGGGGGAGGCGGUGGAGGUGGGGGCCGGGGGGGCGGCAGCAGCGCCCCUCGCCCCCGACGCGCGUCUGCGCGGGCGCUACGACGCGGCGCUGGCGGCGGCCGCGCUGCGCGCCAGGGAAGGCCGCGUGCGGGCACAGCUCGACGCGGCGUGGCGUUCCGCGCGCGCCGACCUCUCGCGCUUCUGCGAGGACGUGCGGGCACAGCUGGGCGCCGUCGACUGCGUCGUGGGCCAGCGCCACGAGCUGCACGCACGCAUGCAGCUCAGCAAGCGCCUGCUCGGGUGCCGCGACGAGGGCGAGCGCCUAUUGGCGUCGCUGCUGGGCGCCGGGCGGCUGGUGCUGCGCGCGACGCUGUGCCCCGUGGAGCGUCGCGCCGUCCAAGCGGCGCUACACGACGAGCAGGCAGCCUGGGACGAGCUGCACACGAGCUGCGUGCACGCACACGGCCGGCUGGAGUGGCUGUACCUGCAGUGGCGGAGCUACUCGGAGCGACGCACGGCGCUGCUGCGUGCGCUGGCGGCGCACGUGAGCGCAGUCGACGCCCAGCUGCUCCCCCAGCCCAGCCUGGCCGACAAGGAGGCGGCGCUGGACAGGUGCCGCGAGGUGGACGGGGCGCUGCGGGUGCUCGGCCCCGCGCUGGACGAGCUGCAGGAGGCGGCGCGAGCGCUGCUCGACCGCACCGAGGACGCGGAGCUGCACGGAGACGCGGAGCGCGACGCGCUCAGCGCGCCGCAUCGCGACGCGGCGCAACGUGUGCAGCGUGCUGUGGUGGAGGCUGAGCGCCGGGUGAGCGAGCACCGGAUCUGGGUGGACUCCGAGCAGCAGCUGCAGAAGCUGGUGGAGGACGCCAGGGAAGAGCUUUCUCACCUCCCCCCUGGCACCCUCACCCUCACCACGCUCACCCCGUCUCUGCGCGAUCUGCACGAGCGCGGCAACGCGGCCGUCUGCACAGCGCGCACCUGGGGGGGGCGCGUGGGCCCGGACACGGGCUCCCCGGGGGGCCCCCUCAUCACCCGUCGCCUCCACGCACUCUCCCGCGAGUGGGAGAGCCUGUGGGGUGACCCGGCCGCGUCGCCCGCCCGCACCCCCUCCUCCGCCAUUGCCCCCUCCUCCUCUUCCUCCACCGUCGUCGCUUCCACCAUCGCCUCCACCGUCGUCUCCGUCGCCUUCACCGGCGCCUCCACCGGCGCCUCCACCAACGCCUUUGGCAUUGUCGGCAGCUCCCGCGUCGGUGACUCCGUCGACUUGGUCGCCCGGUCCCCAAUCGAGCCGGCAGCCUCGCCUGCCCGCCCCACCGCCCCGCCGGGCAGCGGCGACAUCGCCAACAUCACCAAUAUCAUCUCCAGCGCCACCAACAUCAACAAAAUCAGCAACAUCUCCAAUGCAACCAACAUCAACAACAUCUCCAACACCUCCAGCACCUUCAACAUCAGCAGCAGCAGCAGCGGCAGCAUUGACGACAGCAGAAACCACAGCAGCAGCAGCAGGAUUGGCAGCGGCAUGCAGGGGCCGGCGUCGGCAUGGACGGCGCUCGGUGCGAGUGGCAGCGGAGUCGGAGGUAGAGGAGCUCGCACGGAGAGAGUCCCGGCGGCAUUGGCAGCAGCAUCACCGGCGGUGGCAGCGGCGGCGGCAGCGACGGCGACCGCGCCGGCGUGGGCAUCGCGCAGAAGUCCCCAGGACCCCGUGGCCCCGGCAGUGACGGCCGGAGGCCUGGCCAGCUGGCUGGACCGUGCGGAGGUCAUGGUGGGACGCAUCGCCGCCACGCAGCCUGACCUGGCCGCCAAGAGGGUGGCGCUAAGGGCACAUGAGGUGCUGCUCGAGGAGGCUCGGCAGUACGAGGGGGCGGCCGUGGCGCUGGGAGAGGGGGCGGCCGUGAAGGACCCCGGCGCGGACGCCCUGCGCCAGCGUUACUGGCGCUUCCGGGAGUUGCUCGAGGCCUCCACCCAGCGCUGGCGAGAGCUCACGGCCACCCACAACGACUUCCAGCAACGCCACUACGCCUUCCGCACGUGGCUCUCCCACGGCCGGCGCCAGUUGCAGGACACGCUGAGCCCCCAGGGGGGCGGCCCGGGGACGCGGACGCGGGCGCAGGCGGAGCUGCGGGGGGCGCUGCACGAGUGCCGCUCCCAGAAGAAGGCCGAGCUGGCGCUGCUGCUGCAGCUGGGGGCGGCCGCGGCCCAGGACACGAGCGCCGCCGGCGCCGCCAAGAUCCGCGCGUGGAUGCGGGAGAUGAGGCAGGGGUGGGACUCGCUGUGGAGCAUCCACGCAUCGUGCGAAAGGUCGGAGAGAGGUCGCGAGGGAGCGGCGUGGAUCGCACGCGAAGCAGGGACUGCAGCGUGCACCGCCCAGCCACAGACGGAGGUGGCGCGAGUGGAGGCUGAGGUCACGGCCGCACCAGAGCAAGCCAGCACGGUACUGCGCUACAGGAAGCCACCACCACGCGCCGAGUCGUCCGUGCUGACGCGCGACAAACGGGGGAGCAGGUGGUGCGCGUUUGUGCGCCGCGUGCUCAAGGCGGCGGUGCCAUUCCUGCUGCUGCUGCUGCUCCUGGCGCUGCUCGUGCUGCUGUGCUGGAUCCCGGCCGCUCAGCGCCACCACAGCUGCUCGCUCGCCAACAACCUCGCCCGCUCCUUCCAGCCCAUGCUCACCUACACCAACGGGCCCCCGCCCACAUAAGAGUGGGCAGACGCUCACCCGGCCACUUACCUACUCAGCCGCUCACCUACCCACCUGCUCACCUGCCCAGCCACUCACCUACCCAGCCACUUAGAUACCCACACACUCUAUCUACCCACCUACACUCCAUCUACCCACCUACAUAUUCACUCACCUACUCGCCAACUCUUGCACCUGUUAUCUUCACCUUCUCACUCACCCACGCUGCCGAGAAUAGGGGUGAGCAGAGGGUGUGUGAUGAGGAUGGAGUGAGGAUGGGGGUGAGGUGAGACGCACACUCACCGUUUCUUUUUCCACCAAGCUAAGGGGCAGCGCUCGAUGCCCUGAGUCAGUGGUGGAAAUUCCACAUUCUCAGGGCAGGGACCAACGUUUUGUAUAGAGCAGUCACCGUGGACUUCCCACGUGGUGCGGUACUCAAUUUAACAACCCCAGACGGGUGACUAUGAUGGUAGCCCGAGUCGACCCCCCAAGGGGGAAUUGAACUUCGUGUAACCUGAGACUGAGAGUCACGAAGCCCAGGGGCACCUCCGCUGGCUGUUCGGCGUCUGGCUGCGUAGCCCACGGGUACUUGUUGAGCGAGCGAGAGGCGCUGGUGUCGUCACGUAGAGAGGUCGUCCGCGUGCCGUGCGAGUGUUUGCCGACACGUCCACGCCGUGGCGCCUCGCAGCCCAACCUGGCCCACUCUCCUGCCCUCGCGUCAUGGGGGGGGGGGGGGGGGGGGGGU